CCACUUCCCCCGACUUCACCACCUCUCCUAUGAACCCCCCGUCCUUCGCUGAUGCGCAAUUCGAUAUCGUCCUAAGGAGGCAACGUACGCGACCUCGGGAGGGCGGUGGAAUUAAACUUACCGCCAUCCCUUCCCGAUUCCUCAACCUCUCAAACCAAUUCGAGUUCGCCGGCUGGGGAACCGUCUCCACGAUCUUCCUUACUCGUGAAGAGCAGCUCAAAGGGGAGGAAACACUGCAGAAGGGACAAAGGGGCAAGGUCCUCGGGCAGUUCACUGCUAGCGCUUUGGCGGGCAAUGAUGUUCUCGGGAGCGUAUUCUAUACGUUACCUGCGAUCGUCGCGGUAUCGGGCGUAUACUCUCCAAUAUCAUUAUUCAUCGCCGCGGUGAUGCUCUUCCUCUGGCGACCUAUUAUGGAAGAACUUGGGUCCGCCCUUCCAAUAAGCGGUGCACCGUACACUUAUUUACUCAACGUGACGUCGAAGUCACUGGCUCUCGUCGGCGCGGCUAUAUUGCUGCUCGACUUCUCUUCUACUGCAAUCGUGUCCGCCGCUACAGCGGCGUCAUACCUAGCGGGGGAGGUCACGCUCCCGUUCCCGGCGUUCGUGGUGGCUAUUUUGGUUUUGAUAGUCUUUACUGCUGUCAGUCUGAGCGGGAUGAAGGAGAGCGCGAGAGUUGCUUUCGCUGUCUUGUCCUUGCAUGUGGUUACAAUGCUGGUCCUAUGGACUGCCUCAGCUAUUUCUUGGGGCCGCCACGGCUCGCAGUUGCUCAAGGACAACUGGGCGGCCGGGCAAGCGGGCUCUUCUGCGAGCAUCGUUCACCAGAUCUUCAACGGUAUAUGCAUCGGGAUGCUCGGAUUAACUGGGUUCGAAUGCACGCCCGCAUAUAUCGCGAGCGUGAAGCUCGGUCGCUACCCGCUGGUCCUGCGAAACCUGCACCUAUGUGCGAUAUUCCUGUCCUCGGUCACUAUGGUGUUCCUGCUCGCCAAUGUUCCUCUUGACAUGAUCAAGGGCGACGCGAAUGUGCUGCGCGACCUUGCAGAGAAGGUGGCUGGGAAGUGGCUGAGGGUAUGGACGGUAAUCGACGCUAUUGUGGUCUUAUGCGGAGGAGUCCUCACCGGGAUAUUAAGUGCUUGCGAACUUAUUGAGCGCCUCGCACACGACCGCGUCCUCCCGAAGUCGUUCCUCAAAACGAUGCCCGUAACGGGCUCGCCGUACGUUGCCGUCCUCGCUUUCGUCGCGUUCAGCGGCGCGCUAUAUGCCAGCGCCGGAGCUAGCCUGUCUAUUGUAUCGAAAAUGUUCUCGCUGGUCUGGCUGAGUACGAUGACGCUCUUCCCGCUGGCAGUGCUGCUGUUGAAGUUCAAUCGCGGGAGGCUGCCCAGGCAGCCGAAGACGGGGCUGACCGUCGUCUUCGUGACGCUGGCUAUAUGCGCCGCGGUGUUUGCUGGGAAUGUCGCGAUCGAUCCGACGACGCUCGGGUACUUCGCGGCGUACCUGGUGGCGAUUAUCAUCCUAUUCUACGCGACGCAGAAUAAAGGGCGGUUCGUGAGGUUGAUGUACUGGGCGUACGACCAGAACGUCAUCCUGCACACUUGGUCGUGGACGCGGGACUGGGCGGAGAGGCUGACGGAGGUGAUGAUGCGUAUGCGGAGGCAGCCGGUGUGCGUGCUCUGUAAGACGGACGAGAUCAACCAUUUGUUCCAGAUGGUGCUGUACGUGAGACAGAACGAGGAGACGAGUAAUCUCAAGCUCGUGCAUUUUUAUGAUGAUGAUGAGGGCAUCCCGAGCGAGAUGGAGGCAAAUUGGAAGAUCCUCGACGAAGCGUUCCCGGAAAUGACUGUGGACUUGAUCUUCGUGAAGGCGCCAUUUAAUCCCACAACGGUCGCCGCUCUCGCCCACCGCCUCGAUAUUCCGCGCUCUCUUAUGUUUAUGAGCUGCCCAGGCUCAGAUUUUCCGCAUUCUGUCGCGGACUUUGGUACCAGGAUCAUUUCGCUGUAA